GUCUCCCACCACUCGGUAAUUGGCCAAGCCGAGGGCGCGCCGGCACGUGCCUGCCUCCCUUCUGCGCCCCGGGGCUCCUUCCUCGGGGCGGCGGAGCUAGUUCUCUCUCUUGGGGAGGAGAGGACAAGGACUGGAAGGAGGAGGAGGAAGGAAAUCGCUUCUGUUGAGACACUCUCCUCAGCCUCCUUCAUUUGGCGCUGGUAGCCACGGGGAGUGCCCCCCGCCCCCCGAGGCAUGGAGGGCACCGAGCUGGCCGUGCAGGUCGUGGGCACCUGGCUUGCGCUGGUGCUGAGCCUCAUCCUCCUGCCCUCGGCGUUUGGCGUGUCGCUGGGCAUCUCCGAGGUCUACAUGAAGAUCCUGGUGAAGACCCUGGAGUGGGCCACAUUACGGAUUGAGAAAGGAUCUCCAAAGGAAUCAGCACUUAAAAUCUCAGCCUCUGGUGGUAUUAUCCAGAGAGAUGAGUCACCUAUGGAGAAAGGGAUAUCUGGACAUCGAGGGAGGGACUUUGAGCUGUCCGAUGUGUUCUAUUUCUCCAAGAAGGGAUUUGAAGCCAUUGUAGAAGAUGAAGUGACUCAGAGGUUUUCCUCAGAGGAGUUAGUGUCUUGGAAUCUCCUCACGAGGACAAAUACUAACUUCCAUUAUAUCAGCCCCCGGUUAACCAUGGUAUGGGUGCUGGGAGUUUUAGUGCGUUACUGUUUCCUUCUUCCUCUUCGCAUUACUUUGGCUUUCUUUGGGAUUAGUUUGCUGGUUAUAGGAACUACUAUGGUUGGGCAGCUCCCAAAUAGCAGUAUAAAGAACUGGCUAAGUGAAUUGGUCCAUCUGACUUGCUGCAGGAUCUGUGUCAGAGCUCUUUCUGGUACUAUUCAUUACCAUAACAAGCAAUACCGACCACAAAAAGGAGGCAUUUGUGUUGCCAACCAUACUUCCCCAAUAGAUGUUCUGAUCUUGACAACUGAUGGUUGUUACGCCAUGGUUGGUCAGGUUCAUGGUGGACUGAUGGGAGUCAUUCAAAGGGCUAUGGUUAAGGCUUGCCCACAUGUUUGGUUUGAACGUUCAGAAAUGAAGGACCGACAUCUGGUAACUGAAAGACUGAGGGAACACAUUGCUGAUAAGAAGAAAUUGCCCAUUUUAAUCUUUCCUGAAGGAACCUGUAUAAACAACACUUCAGUCAUGAUGUUUAAAAAAGGAAGUUUUGAAAUAGGAGGCACUAUAUAUCCAGUUGCAAUAAAGUAUAACCCUCAGUUUGGUGAUGCCUUUUGGAACAGUAGUAAAUACAACAUGGUGAACUACUUGCUUCGAAUGAUGACCAGCUGGGCCAUAGUAUGUGAUGUGUGGUACCUGCCUCCAAUGACCAGAGAGGAAAAUGAAGAUGCAGUACAGUUUGCAAAUAGAGUUAAGUCUGCUAUUGCCGUGCAAGGAGGCUUGACUGAGCUUCCCUGGGAUGGAGGUUUGAAGAGAGCCAAGGUCAAAGAGACUUUCAAGGAGGAGCAGCAGAAAAACUACAGCAAGAUGCUAGUUGGAAAUGGGUCUAUAAACACAGAUUCUAGCUGAGUACAAGAUGGAAGUAGCCCCUUUCCUGUGCCAGCAGCCCAACACAGAAACGGAUUUUUCAUUAUAACCUCAUUCCAUGGAAUUAUAUGGUAGUUUAUUGGAAUGAAAUAGACUCCACCAUUUUCAAAUGAAAAGGAUCAAAAUGGUACUCCCUUGAAUAAUUAAUAUUGGAGUGAACUGCUUAUGUAGUAAAUCUUGAAAAGGAUGCUUUCUAAGGUUUCUUGGAGCUCCUUGUUUAUAAUAAUUCCAGAAGAGUAGCCAGAAUUCUCUUUCUGAUUAGCUUUGCUUUUGCCCCAUUCCUACCAUUCCCAGAAAAGAAACAAAAAUAUUCAUUAGGUACGGUUUCUCUGGUGUCCUGGCAAACUUGAAUUCUGUUAAAGAUGGAAUGUUUAGGGGUUUUCAGGAAACAAAAUUUGACUAUACGAUGCCAUGAAGUACAUAUUUUGGGUUAGAAGUAGAAACAUAUUUGUGAAUCCUUCCACUCAUUAGAUAUACCCCAAACGGAACAGUAAAUUGAAUUUAAGAGUGCAUAUCGAAAUAAAGCACCUUCGCGGUAAUCUAUUAGCAUCUUUUCUUCCCAAUAGCUCUUGGUAUUUUCAGCCCUUAUUUUGUCUGCCAUUAGUUUGAUAUAAUAGUUUGUUUUCAUAGAUGAAUAAACCUUCACACACUAAAAUCAGGAAAAUGAGGUCACAUUGCAUAUCUUUAAUAGAAGCAUAAAUGUGGAAAUGUGUGGCACUAUGCCAUUGGGGUGGUUAUAUUUUUUCUGCCCUUAUAAUUUAAAAAAAGUAAAAUAACUUUGAAAAACUGAGCCUUAAAAAAAGAGUAAAAGGGAAAAAUAAAUAUUUCCCAACUCACACAGCAUAAGCAAUGUUUGUUAGCAACAUGAUGCAAUUCUUAAACACAGUGAAAAGUAUUAUCUAUUAUUUUCUGAUGUAAAGAAUGUUAAAACUAUCUUAUUGUAAACACAACAGAAAUAAAUUCUAUAUUUCUAA